AUGGGGAGUGGUACAUCUGGGUGUCUGGGUACUGGGACUCUGGACUCUUGGGAAAGAAAGGCCCAGAGAAGCGGGGGAGCCUGGUGCCUUCCAAUUGGGAAGGUUGUCCGAGCUUCUCUGAAUUCUGUCAGUGUGGGUCCAGAAAGCGGGGUCCGUACAAGGACCCAAACCCUGGUAGCCCAGCCGACCCUGGCCAGAGGCACAACUGUGGGAAGAUGUGUGGGUCGCUAG